UCAUAGGACUAUAACUAAACAAGAAACUGUUCAAUUCAAACGAAUAUCAGAAAUGUACCUUUGUCGUUGCUGAAGGAAUAUUUGUUAAUUAUGACGCUACAAGUAAAUCAUGGAAUACUGAGAAGGUUCGCUUUAGGAAAACGUUAUUUCAACGUGUUCUCCCAUUGUUUCUACUAGUCUUUUCGUGCCCCUGGCUGUAGUUAAGCUCUUAGAGAAGGGUUGGAGUUGGAUUCAGUGAGGCGUGACGAGUUUCUUCAGUUCAGAUCAUUUGGUUAGGCGAGCUGCUCACUGCAGUUGUUUAUCGUUUUCUUCGCCUGGUGCCUGAGAAGAUGUCCCGCAACCUCAGCGACUACGAUUAUCGAGAGAAGCUCACAUUUUUAGGUGAAUAUUUCGACCACGAUGCAUACUUGAAAAAAAAAUUCAUAAUAAGCUAUUUCCCAUGCGACGAUACAAUCGAGAUCUUCGAUAGAGAUAUGAAUAGGGUUUUUCUCAAAAGAUCCCUCUGUGAAGGUAUAGGAAGAAAGGACAUGUUCGUAGGAAAUCUGGUGAGAAUAUAUGGUCGUCAGAUAUCAAUAAAGGAUUAUGGAGAUUGCCGCACCAAAGAAAUUAUUGGUAAAACAAAGCAACGCACUUUCGUUCUGAUCAAACCAUCUGCCAUGGACAAACUUGGUGAUGUGAUUGCAGAUAUUGAAAGCAGAGAUUUUCAGAUUUCACGCAUGCGAAUGUGUAACCUCACUAGAAAGCAAACUUUAGAACUCUAUGAACACAAAAAAGGCGACGCCUUCCUUCCGUUCAUUUUGGAACACAUUGUUUCGGGAUCUGUAGUGGCCCUAGAACUAGUUGGAACCGAUGCUAUUGAGAGAUUUAAAAAAGAAGCGGGGCCAAAUGAUCCAAUCGAAGGUAGGAAAUUAGAACCAAACAGUUUAAGGGCAAAAUAUGGACAACAGACUGCCUCUAAUGGAUUCCAUUGCGCAAGUGAUAUAGAAGAGGCGGUUAGAGAAGCUUGUUUCUUCUUUCCAGAAGGUAUCAAUAAAAAACCACCAGAAACCACUGUUGUUCUGAAGAACUCGACCUGCUGUAUUGUCAAACCACAUGCAAUACAGGAAGGAAAGCUUGGCUACAUUCUGAAAGAAAUUUACGAGGCAAACUUCAAGAUAACAGCUAUGCAAAUGUUCUACUUGAGCAACGCAAAUGCAGAUGAAUUUUUGGAGGUUUACAAGGGAGUUGUCAGCGAUUUCCAUGCACUUCUGUUAAGCUUUCUUGAUGGUCCACUGGUUGCGAUUGAAAUAAGCGGAAAGAACGACGAAAUGAAUGUCCACAAAGAGUUCAGAGAUUUUGCAGGUCCGUCAGACCCAGAUAUUGCUAGACAAAUCAGACCCUACACUCUCAGAGCGAAAUUUGGGAAUAAUAAAUAUAAAAAUGCUAUUCAUUGCACAGACUUGCCUGAGGAUACAAUCCUUGAGCUUGAAUACUUCUUCAAAAUACUAAACGAUUAGUUGGAGCUCUUUCAAUUUAUUUUAUUAUCUAAUCUUUCUACACAUUCACUAAUAAAACCUUUAACGAA